GAGAGGGGGGAAUUCGACCAGAAUUGAAUAGUCAGCUCUUUCUACUACUGCUCAUAUUUAUCCUAAAGCAGCACAGAGCAGAUUGUGAGGUUCCUUCCAUCAUCUCCUUGAAGGGUUCAAGCUUCUCCUACAACUCAUCUUACAGUUCUCCUUUAGGUGAGGCUAGUUAUCUGCUCAAGACCACACUCUUCCUCUUAUUUCUUCUCUGCGUGCCCUGAAGCUCUUCAUCUUUGGCAAGCAACGUUCCUCUCCGGAAGCCAAGUCACACCCCUGUGAUGUCAGGAAUGGCCUUCGGCUGCCAAAGCAAGAAUAAAAAGUGAGAACAGGAGUGAAAAAAGUCUACAAUUCCCGAGCACGCGAUCCCACAACAGAUUUGAGGGGGAUAUAAAGAAAUUAGGGACAAAUUAUAGAUCAAGGCAGAGGCUUCAGAAUUUACCCAUGGCAAUAGUGAAGGGCUUUUCUACACUUUCCCCCUGUGCCCGACGCUUCCUCAGUAGAAUAGCCGGUAGAUCAUCUCUCCAUCAACAGGCAAGAAUCAGAGCUCGCCCUGCCCACGAGGAGCCAAAACCUGAGCCCGAUCGAGAUGAAACCUUCUACGAAGCUGGCGGUGCAUCGAUGGUUGACCGAUCCCUGGUGCAAAGGGACAUCAGACUCUUCCUGAAAGAGUGCGGCGGGACGCCCAGAGAGGCACGCCAUUGGUUGGCUCAGUUCCAGGAGCUGCAUUCUAACUACAAAAAGGCUUUUGCCUUAAUUGAGGUGGAUGAAAAUGUGUUCACCUGCAAAAGGUCAUUGGCCAGCGUAGCCUUUGCCCUCUCCUUCCUCCAGCGGAUGGACAUGAAGCCACUGGUGAUAAUGGGGCAGCCCAGCACAUAUCGUAUUCGUCCGUCUUCUCAAGAUGCCAAGUCCCUGCUGGUGCAAAACUGCCAGACACUUGUAAACACCAUGUACGCCAGCUCAGGCACUGCACUGCCUUUAUUCAAUGGAGGAUCUGUGCUCACCGCCCGAGAACAAGAUGGCAGUUAUGGGUCAGUGUUAUCCGUUGACACAGAACUGCUCACCUGGUGCCUGAACUCUGGCAAUAUCCCCAUCAUAUGCCCCAUUGGAGAAACUCCUUCCGGCCGCUCCGUCCUAUUGGAUUCUUUAGACGUAACUGCCAGUAUUGCUCGUGCUCUACAGCCGCUCAAGAUCAUCUUCUUGAACACAGCGGGGGGACUGAAGGACCUGAGCGAAAAGAUCAUUGGUCUUGUGAACUUGCCCUCUGACUUGGAACUGAUGAGGAAUGCAACAUGGAUGAGCGAAAGGCAGAGGCAACAAGUGACUGUCAUCGUGGACCUGCUCAAUCGCCUGCCCCACAGCUCGUCCGCUGUCAUCACCUCUGCCCGCACCCUGCUCUGUGAGCUUUUCAGCAAUAAAGGAUCUGGCACACUGUUUAAAAACGCAGAAAGAUUGCUGCGAUAUGAAUCUCUGGAGGACAUCGAUACUGAGAAGUUGGUCUCGCUGGUGAACAGGUCCUUCCAGAAACCACUGAAAGAAGAUUAUAUCAAGAGUGUGUCCUCCAGGCUGCACUCGGUGUACCUGUCUGAAGGGUACAACGCAGCCGCCAUCAUUACCAAGGAGCCAGUAUUGGGAGGAACACCAUAUCUGGAUAAGUUUGUGGUGAGCUCUGGCCAACAGGGACAAGGCUCUGGGCAAAUGCUAUGGGAGUGCGUGAGACAAGACUUGAAAACCCUUUUCUGGAGAUCGAGGGUCACCAAUCUGAUAAAUCCAUGGUACUUUAAGAACAGCGACGGAAGUUUUACAAACAAGCAGUGGAUAUUCUUUUGGCUGGGACUCUCAGACAUCAGGGACUCUUACGAACUCGUAAACCAUGCAAAAAGUAUUCCUGAUUCCUUCUGCAAACCUCAAAUAUCAUGAGUACAAGCCACCAGUGUUGGAUUCACAUCAACAUCUGUUUCCCAGCUUCCUCAUCCCACCAUCCCAACUGAAUCAGCUCAUGAAAAUGUGCUCUCUGCCUACUAAGUAAUAACUUGGCUUCUGAUGGGAGAAUUCCGCUUAUCAGCUUGUUUGUGGCUAAGAAGGAAGGGAAUCUACUAAAAUCCACCUCAAAAAACAAUUUCACAGAAUGGUAAUUGAACUUUAUGAAGAGCA